UUAGUCACGAGUUUGUUGACAUCUGACUGGCAAGGGGCUGAGAAAUGUAGAUUGCUUGCUAUUGCUUAGUUCUCAUUGAUACCAAGACAAUUGUGGCUUGCGGUAUGGAUAUGUUGAAGCAAACAAAUAGCGUUUCGCUGGGACUUUAGGAUAUACUUAACAUACUAACGUACAGAUACUAGUUUGUGUUCCAACAUGAUCAGCUUGCUCACGCAGGCUAACUGACGAACAGACUGAAAGCUAGUAUUAGCUAUUCCUUGUUAGAUAGCGUGAAGUUCUGGGUCUGCACGCUAGCGAGCUAAACAGAACAAAUUGAAAUGCUUUAAAACUUGGAUAACACUCAAUGGUUUGUGUCGUCUUUCUGUUUGCCAAAUAAUGUUCACUCGCUUCAACGUAGUAGAGAGCUAGUCGGCUUAUCUAGUCAAUGUGUUUGCUGGAAACCUGUCUGUAAUAGUUAAGAUCUUAUUACCACCGACUGGUAACGUUAAGCAAAAGUUCCGUUUUUCAUGACCAUUUCGGUUUGGUUUACACUCCCCUGACAAACUACUUGCUAAUUUUAACUGCGAGGUUGCUUAUGCUUGCAACAAAAGUGGACAGCUGUACUGACCCAUAACUUCAGCGGAAUGGGAAAGAAAUUCCAACGCAAAUCCAAUAAUCAAGAAGCACUUAGGCUGAAUGGGCUGAUGUGUAAGGUUGGCAAUGAAUUUAAAACUAGUUGUUACUUCGUUCGGUCUGCUUUGGCAGCUGCCACACUACAGGGUUAAGUUGGUAAUUUACAGUUGGUUAGCGUUCUAGUUGUCUAUGAACUUGGAAAAAAUUGAGACUUUCAUCCAGUUUUGUAGGUAGCCUAUUUAAAGAAAACCUCUUCAUAAAUGACAACCGUGGGUAGACUUGCUGGACAGCGUUCAUUGUAGCUAGUGAAAGCAACGAAUAGUGUCCAAUUCACAGACGCACUAUCCACUGGAAAUCAGCUGACAUCCGCUGGCGGCCAAGGAGACCAAGUCAUGGAUCAGCUCAAAGUCAAAGACCGAAUACUGGAAAAUAUCUCUCUGUCGGUGAAGAAGCUGCAGAGUUACUUUGCUGCCUGCGAAGAUGAAACCCCAGCCAUUCGUAACCAUGACCGUGUUUUACAACGCCUCUGUGAACACCUGGACCAUGCCUUGCUCUAUGGGCUCCAGGACAUCUCCUUAGGAUACUGGGUCCUUGUCCUACACUUCACACGCAGAGAAGCUGUGCGGCAGAUAGAGGAGCUCAAGCAUAUAGCUACCAACCUUGGCCGCAGUCGUGCUUGGCUGUACCUGGCCCUCAGCGAGAGUUCGUUAGAAAGCUACCUCCGCCUUUUCCAAGAGAACCAGGCUCUGCUGCAGAAAUAUUACUUUAAAAAUGCAUUGGUGUGCAGCCAUGACCACCUUACCCUUUUUGUCACAUUGGUCUCUGGACUGGAGUUUAUCCGGUUUGACCUAGAACUGGAUGUCCCCUAUCUAGACGUAGCCCCCUACAUGCCUGAAUACUACAAGCCACAGAAUCUUCUGGACUUUGAGGAGAGGUUGCCUAGUUCGGACAGUUUGUCGCUCCACUCCUUCACAUCCCUCACCUCGACCAAUCUGGAGUGGGAUGACAGUGCCAUUGCCCCGUCCAGCGAAGUGAUUAUUUCAAAAACAGCGCAACAGCACUGUCCAGUUAGAUGUGAGAUUCAGAGAUAUUCAGAGGGGGACCUGACCGACCCAGUUAGCGCACCCCGCUCCACCGUGUCUGACCCGCAAACCGUGGUCUACGACUCCGGAGUGGUCCGAUCCACGGGGCCCCCGUCCAGAACCACCUCGCUCUCACACAGCCCCACCUUCCGGCACAACCCGUUCAAUGAGGACUCGGACACCAACACCUCGGCCGACGUGACGCCGGUGCACAGCAGGCACGAGGCCGCCACGGGCGAUGACACCGAGAGCACCAGCACCGAACUGGAAGUAAUCCGAUUGGCCCGGCGAAGGAAGCCAGCCAAGAAGCGGCGUGGGAAGGAGUCCACAGGCUCUGUGAGCAGCAUACAGAAUAUGUCCUCUGCAGAACUGGGGGAGGUUGAGGAGGGACAUCUGUCUGGGGCCAUGAGGGGUCAGGAAACAGACCCCCAUACUGGAGACAGCUGGAGUGCCUCCGAGGGCCAGGACGGGCUGGGGUCAGACACUACGCGGAGGAAGAGCAAGGAAGACGGAGAUGAAGAAGAUCCCGAGGCCCUGUUGCGGCUCCCCGAGAUGACGGACACCUCCAUGGACAGUGUGGGCCAGCCCCUGUGUGACGUCAUGGACCGGCUGAACGGCACCCUGGAUCGAGAGAGCUGGGAGAGAGGGGAGGAAGAAAAGGAAGGGGUGGACGAAGACGCGGUCGAAGGCAGAGGGAGGAGAGGCUCGUCCGGCCACCCCGGCACCAAAGCAGCGGCGCCACCUCCCCUGCAGCAGCCCUUUCGGGACGAUUCGGGGGGUGAGCCACCAGACCCUGUGGGCCAGCCUGGCCCUCUGGCCCACAGCCCUAGCUUCCUGCAGGCCCCCCCGGCCCCCGCAGACUUCUACUGCUUUACCCCUCACAGUCCGGACCCUGCUGCCGCAAGUGGUGGCUACCAUGACUUUGCAGGGGAUGGCCAGCCACCGUCUCUUCCUGGUGGCCAUGAGGCUGAGGGAGAGGCAGAGGCACCAGCGCCACAGCACGCCCACAGCCACGCCAUAGAGGGGGAGGAGACAGGGGCAGAGGAGGCCCCCAUUCUGGAGAAUGGACUUCCUCCUGAUGAAGAGGAUGAGGAGCAGGGCGAGGAGCACCCCAGUCCCACAGAGUGCUCCCAUCCAGCAGAAUUCAGCGUGGACAACAAUCACCUGCUCCUGCUCAUGAUUCAUGUCUUCAGAGAGAAUGAGGAGCAACUCUUUAAGAUGGCGAGAAUGAGCACGGGACACAUGGAGGGGGACCUUCAGGCCCUCUACCUGCUGCUGACAGACUGCUACAUCUAUCUGCUGCGCAAAGGGGCUGCAGAGAAGCCUUAUAUGGUUGAAGAAGCUGUGUCAUACAAUGAGCUGGACUAUGUCUCUGUGGGGUUGGACCAGCAGACAGUUACACUGGUGUGCACAAACAGGAGAAGACAGUUUCUGCUAGAUACAGGAGAUUCAUCCUUGACUGUCUGGUUUCUUAACAUUCUGAGGUCGGCCAUGAUAAACGGCUGUCGAGAGCCUCCCUACCCCUCGGUUCUCACGGAUGCCACCAUGGAGAAACUGGCUCUCACCAAGUUUGUGUGUCAGGAAACCCACUGUGAGGUUGCUGACGUCAACAUCUGCCUGUACUCGUUGGUGCACUGGGAGGACCCCAUGGACAUGGGCGUGGCCUCUCAGCCCUCUAGCUCUGUUGAAUCGGGCAGCAUCAAGGAAGGGCCCCUGCUCUACCGGGCCGGCAGCACCUACCUGGGCAAGGAGCUGUGGAAGAGCUGCUACCUGGCGCUCAGUAACGGCAUCCUGUACCAGUACCCCGAGAAGACUGACGUGACCCCGUUGCUGUCCAUCACCAUGGGCGGGGAGCACUGCGGGGGCUGCCGGCGGUCCAACAGCACCGAGCGGCCGCACGCCUUCCAGGUGAUCCUGACCGACCGCGCCCCGCUCGAGCUGAGUGCCGAAAACGAGCAGGACAUGGCCGAAUGGAUGCAGCUGCUCUGCCAGUCGGUCUCCAAAGGGGUCCGUAUCGCUGGUGCACCCCCGGCACCUUCACCAUCAGUGAUUCCACAAGGUGUCACACCUUCGCCCUGCAUCCCGUGCUGCCUUGUGGUCACAACCAGCAGGUUGCUGACGUGCCACCAGGACUGUCAGACCAGUUUCUUCCGCUCGCUGGGCGCCGCUGAGCUGUGUGAUGUCACCGCUGUCUGUUUGGAGGAUGAUAAGGCAUACUGUGUGAUUGAGUUUUCUGUGGAUCGGGCCAAGUUCCUUCCUCCCUGGGUUCUGUAUUUCAGUGGCUGUGAGGAGAGGGACCGCUUCCUGGAGGCACUAGAUAGGGCAUGGAAAGACAUCUUUCAGGUGUGUCUGCCGCGAAAGACCAUCUCCGAGCCGUCUGUGCAGAAGCGCUGCGGCGAGGCGCUGGCUCUCAUCCACAGCGCGUGGCAGCGCAGCGACAGCCUGCACCGCGGCCGCUUACAGAGAGAGCCCUGGUGCUGAGUGGGUGCUGAGGCCCUCAGCGCCCCAGCCACCAGACCCCCCCCCACAAACACACACACAGACGGUACCACCCUGGGCCAGAGUACGGAUCGAUGCCUGAGGACUUUCUGAAGUGUGCAGUCGCAGCUGCUGGCGUUGCUGCCAUGCGGCUCUGGGUGGGACUCUGUUUACACUUCUGCCUUGCACAAAUAUUCAGGCUUAUGUUCUGCUUAACGUUACUGCUUCGGGACGAGGGGGCACGAGGCUGAAGGAACACGCACCCUCUGUGCCACCAGGGAUCGUGCACCAAUCGGUGAACAAAUGUCAAGGUCAUGUUUGAACUCUAAACCACCAUCCUAAUUGCACCUAAGUGUAUAUAUGUACAUUCAACAUGUAUGAAAUACUGACAAGAUACCGAACAGUGGAGUCCAGUUGUUGUAGGGCUUUCAUACUGUAUGGCUGCCUUCUCCCUUUAUUUUAUCUGCUAGCUAAUAUUGUUACCUCACGUGAUGCCCAUCUUACACUCAGUACCUACUUGUCUGCAAGUGUUGGUAGUCGAUGAGGUUUGCGCAGUGAGUGAAUCUGCAAGAAAGUUUACAGCUUAGACUGUUACGUGGAUACAAGGUCUGCAUAUGAGGUGUGCCACAAUGGUGAUGGAUUGUGUUGCUUUUUAAAGCAGCUAGAAUUUUGUUUUUUUAAUCUGACAAACUGGGCAUACCACAGACACAUAAACAUUAAGGAGAGAGAAGAAAAUGAGAGAAUAUGCUUGCAUACAACUAAUUGCAAGAUUGCACAUUUCUUUUAACGUUCUCUUUUGUAUCUUCUUUUGAAGUAACUGGGUGAUGCUGUGUGUGGUUGUGUGUGAGGUUGUGUGUGUGUGUGUGUGUGUGAGUGUGUGUGUGAGAGAGAGGGAGAGAGACAGACAGAGAAUGUGGUUUAGAGCAUUUCAGUGUUUCUAAACAUUUGUAUGUCUUUGUAGGUUUAUUUGUAAUUCUGUCUAGAGACACGAGGGGCAGAAUGGGGAGCAAUAGUUGCAUAGGGGUGUUGUGUGUUGGCUCACGUUAGAUCUUAAAGAUAAUUAUUCACCAUAUCAGGCUAGCAUAUUACUCCCCUCUGCUUGGGGAGUGUGGAGUAUUGAGCACUAAGUAGUUCAUGGUAAAGUGCGAUGACGGAUGCAUCUUUCGUGCGAAGGUAAAGUAAAUCAAGGCACCACAAUCAAUGCCAGUGGGAUUAGGAAUCACAUUAGUAGGCUGCUGGUAGUGUCUGAGCAUUAUGUAUAUGAUGUGAUCUGUAACUAUGUAUUAGUAUGUAACAUAUUGAGGUACUUCACUUCAGUCUCCUGCACUGCAUGUAUACUGCACUAUAAGUGUGGCAGAAAUACAUGUUAAAAUAUUAACACUGUGGCAGAUAUUUGAUACACUUUUAGUUGACCGUCACUUGGAAGAGGUUUUGAUGUGUAGCCAUCGUUUUUGGUGUGAUGAAGGGGCACAGUUUUGUUGAAGGUAAAUGCAUUUCUGUGCUAAGCAGAAGAGGCAGAAGUGGUGAGAGGUAUGAAAUUUGGUCACGGGGGCGAAUUAUUAUGGAAUCUGAUGACAAAUGACCCGAAGGGUGACCCAGCCAUAGCUUGGUGCUUACAUUGACAUUAAUGAAUUUGCCUGGCAGUUUUAUCCCAAGUGACUAAACAUGUAGGGAAUGAAUAUGUUCUACGUCCACAUGGCCUCCCUGACAAGUGCUUGUCAUUCUUUAACAACAUUGCAUGAGCAUAUCAUUUAGUAUCCUCUUCUGCAUUCAGGUAUGUCCACAUAUAGGCACUAUACAUCUCUGGCUGAGACCAGAGGGUUAUACUUGGUAGUCGUCAUCCAUUAUAAUCUCCUUUUGCCAGUGCAAUAAUGCCGUUGUGUGCACGUGUUAAGGUACAUAAGGAGAAGGGAACAGCUGGCAUUCCUUGGAUGUCCAGAGAAGUUGUUAGGGCGCAUGUGAAGUAAAUGGCUAAGUGGUAUAAAAGAGGCUGUUUGCAUUUUACACUUGACAGCAUGGUGGCCUUCACAUAAUAAUUCAAUGUAGAAGACUGCUCCGUGUGUGUGUGUGUGUGUGUGUGUGUGUGUGUGUGUGUGUGUGUGUGUGUGUGUGUGAGAGAGUGUGUGAGAGAGAGAGAGAGAGAGAGAGAGAGCAUGUGAAUGCGGGAGUGAGUGUGUGUGUUUAUUUAGGACAUGCUUAUAAAUGUUGCCUUGUAGCCCGGCUUUGGAGGAAGCUGUCAUAUUUUUUUUCCAUUUAGAGUGUUCUGAGAUAUGCGAAAACCACAAAUGUCAGUGGAUGUGCGCCAUAUGAUAUCUUGAAUGUGUCUCAACAGUGUUUUCUUCGCUUGCUAUUUUGGGCUCUGUGUCAUUUUCACCCAUCUUUCAGACCCCAAACUUUCUGUGGUGUUGCUUUGAAAACAGAUAUUACACCUCAGGUUAGCAAUGAUGCACAAUAAAUGGAAACUCCAUGUAAACCUCCUCCAGAAUGUGUUCAGCUGUUCUGGUCUUUUGACUUCUCUCUUUACUUUGCUCUUUUUUUGUUUGUUACUUCUCAAGUUUGUUUUCUAGUCCCUUGCAAAUAUGUUGAGUGAGUGGACUUGAUUGCACACUGGACAUGGGGUGUGGUGGUGAUGAUGUUUUUGUUGAUGUGACUGCUAAGUAUAAAAGUUGAAGAUGAUUCCACAUAAUGAAGAUGGCGUAGAGACGAGACUAGAAAGAUCUGAAAUCUCAGGACAAUAACGAGACGUUUCCCAGUAUACUGCAGUUUGAGUGUUUGCACAUUGCUGGCCAAUGAUGGAUUACAUCUGUUAAAUGAUCAUGGGAUGGAGCAUUAGUUGUUUUGUUUUGCUGUUAUUAAGUUUUUGUAAUAUUUGUUUUUUAAAUAUAUAUAUUUAGUUGCCUUUUGCAGAAGGUGUAGUAAUGUGUAAUGGGAGGUGACUGUAUUCUAACACUUGAUCUCAGAUACACUAAAAGCUGCAUGUGCAGAAAUGUUUUUUUUUUUAACCUUGUGUUCAUAUGGUAAUUAAUGUAUAUAGAAAUCACUUUUGUUUUUGUAAAUGGGACAAAAUAUGAAUAAAGAAACCAAAAUUAA